AUUUAAUGCACACACAUGAAUGCACAGUCAAAAAUCCCAAUUAGGAUUCACUCUUCUUCAUCUGAGAACCCAUUCUCUGGCUCUCUGCAGCCCGGUCCCCUCUCUUCAGCUUUUUAGCUUUUCUGUUCUCUUCUCUCUGGCAAAUACACAAACGUUAGCAGGGAAACAUUUGCCUGGCAGAGUCGCGGGAGUUUCAGUCUUUCAGAGAUUACAUUUCUAGUAAAACGAAGCACAGCCAAACUUAUCCAAUGCUCGGGAACGGAGUUGUUGGGAUUCUCGCUGAGUCUACAAAUAAGUGGGAGAGAAGGGCGCCUCUAACCCCCUCUCACUGUGCUCGACUUCUACAUGGGGGCAGUGAUAGAACCGGGGUGGCUCGGAUAGUUGUGCAGCCAUCCACAAAGCGCAUUCAUCAUAAUGCACUUUAUGAGGAUGUUGGAUGUGAAAUAUCAAAUGACUUGUCAGAAUGUGGUCUUAUCCUGGGGGUCAAGCAACCAAAGCUUGAGAUGAUUCUACCUGAUAGAGCUUAUGCCUUCUUCUCCCACACUCGCAAGGCCCAGAAAGAAAAUAUGCCUUUGCUGGAUAAGAUUCUGGCUGAGAGGAUUUCAUUGUAUGACUAUGAGCUUAUUGUUGGAGAUCAUGGGAAAAGGUUACUUGCAUUUGGAAAAUAUGCUGGAAGAGCAGGGCUAAUUGACUUUUUACGUGGAUUGGGACAACGUUUCCUAAGUCUUGGAUAUUCAACACCUUUUCUCUCGCUGGGGUCAUCUUAUAUGUAUUCUUCCCUUGCUGCUGCCAAGGCUGCUGUAAUUUCUGUGGGUGAAGAGAUAGCAACCCUUGGACUGCCAUCAGAUAUCUGUCCUCUAGUUUUUGUUUUCACUGGUUCUGGAAAUGUUUCUCAUGGUGCACAAGAGAUCUUUAAGCUUCUUCCUCACACUUUUGUCGAGCCAAGCAAACUUCCUGAACUAUUUGCUAAUGUCAGGGAUUUCAGUGAGCAUGCAAGGACAUCAAAGAGAGUGUUCCAAGUAUAUGGUUGUGUUGUGAAUUGUCAAGAUAUGGUUAAACACAAAGAUUCUUCCAAAGCAUUUGAUAAAGUGGACUAUUAUGCGCAUCCAGAACACUAUGAGCCCAUUUUCCAUGAGAAGAUUGCCCCAUAUGCAUCUGCUAUUGUCAAUUGCAUGUAUUGGGAGAAAAGAUUUCCUCGUCUGUUGAGUACGCAACAGCAUCAUGAUCUAAUGGAGAAAGGAUGCCCACUUUUCGGAAUCGCUGAUAUAACCUGCGACAUUGGGGGCUCGAUAGAGUUUGUCAACCAAACCACAUCAAUUGACUCACCUUUCUUCAGAUACGAUCACUUAAGUGGUAGAUACCAUCAUGACAUGGAGGGCAAUGGCGUGAUAUGCUUAGCUGUUGAAAUUCUUCCCACAGAGUUUGCAAAAGAGGCUUCUCAACAUUUUGGAGACAUACUAUGCCAAUUUAUUGGUAGUUUGACAUCUACAACAGACAUUACAAAGUUACCAGCACAUCUUAGGAGAGCUUGCAUAGCCCAUGGAGGAGCACUUAACUCCUUGUAUGAGUAUAUUCCACGGAUGCGAAAAUCUGAUUCAAAUGAUAUAACGGAAAAUCUUUCAAGUAGCCAAUUUGGCAAGAAGAAAUACAGUAUACUGGUGUCGCUAAGUGGUCACUUAUUUGAUCAGUUUUUGAUAAACGAGGCUCUGGACAUAAUUGAAGCUGCUGGAGGCUCCUUUCACUUGGUGAAAUGUCAAGUAGGCCAGACUACUGAUGCUAUGUCAUACUCAGAACUUGAAGUUGGUGCAGAUGAUAGGGCAGUUCUAGAUCAAAUAAUUGAUUCUUUAACUUCUAUUGCUAAUCCAAAUGACAAUUAUGGAUUAGAUAAAGAUGCUAGUAAGAUUUCCCUGAAGGUUGGUAAAGUGCAGCAGAGUGUCAUUAUGAAGGAAGAUGAUGCGAAAAGGAAGACUGCAGUUUUGAUUAUUGGUGCUGGCAGAGUUUGCCAGCCAGCUGCUGAAUUCUUAGCAUCUGUUGGAAGCAUGUCAUCUCACCAAUGGCAUAAAACAUGCCUGGAUACUGAUAUCAAUGGCUCGAAUGAUUUCCAAGUUACUGUUGCAUCUCUUUAUUUAAAGGAUGCAGAAGAGAUUAUUGAAGGCAUUCCAAAAGCAACAGCAGUUCAGCUUGAUGUGAUGGAUCAUGCAAGUCUUUGCAAAUAUAUUUCACAGGUGGAGGUUGUUAUAAGCUUGCUGCCUGCUAGCUGCCAUGUUAUUGUGGCUAAUGCAUGCAUAGAGCUUGGAAAGCAUCUCGUCACUGCAAGCUAUGUUGAUAAUUCAAUGUCAAUGUUAGAUGAGAAGGCAAAAGGUGCUGGCAUUACAAUUCUUGGUGAGAUGGGCUUGGAUCCAGGAAUAGAUCAUAUGAUGGCAAUGAAGAUGAUCAAUGAAGCACAUGCUAGAAAGGGGAUCAUAAGGUCUUUCUCUUCUUACUGUGGUGGACUUCCAUCUCCGGAAGCUGCAAAUAAUCCAUUAGCAUACAAAUUCAGUUGGAGCCCUGCUGGAGCCAUCCGAGUUGGGCGCAACCCUGCUACCUAUACAUCUCAUGGUCAAACUGUGCAUGUUGAUGGGGACAGUCUUUAUGACUCUGCUGUGAGACUCCGGCUAAUUGAUCUUCCAGCUUUUGCAUUAGAGUGUCUCCCAAAUCGCAACUCUUUAAUUUAUGGGGAACUCUAUGGAAUAGAAAACGAAGCCUCAACCAUCUUCCGAGGAACCCUCCGUUAUGAAGGGUUCAGCGAAAUAAUGGGGACACUUGGACGAAUUGGUCUUUUUGGUGCUGAAGCUCAUCCAGUUCUUAAACACAGAGAAAGACCCACAUUCAGAACGUUUCUGUGUGCACUUUUGAAGAUUAAUUGUGGAAGUUUAGAUGCGGCUCAAAUAGGAGAGGAGGACAUUUCUGAAAGGAUUCUCUCUCUUGGACACUGCAAAGAGCAAGGAAUUUCAAUGAAGGUUGCCAAAACUCUACUUUUUUUGGGACUUCACGAGCAGACAGAAAUUCCUGUUUCUUGCCAAAGUGCAUUUGAUGUUACUUGUUUCCGCAUGGAGGAAAGAUUGUCUUAUUCCAGACUAGAGCAGGAUAUGGUGCUUUUGCAUCAUGAAGUGGAGGUAGACUUCCCUGAUGGUGAACCUUCAGAGACUCAUAAGGCAACUCUGUUGGAGUUUGGAAGGACUGAAAAUGGGAAAACCACUACUGCCAUGGCUCUUACUGUUGGCAUUCCGGCAGCCAUUGGAGCUCUGCUUUUGCUUGAGAAUAAGAUUCAGACGAGAGGUGUCAUGAGGCCUAUUCAACCUGAAGUUUAUAUACCUGCGCUGGACAUCCUGCGUGCUUAUGGUUUCAAGUUGAUGGAGAAGGUCGAGUAAAUCCUACUUUUUGUAUAGCAUGUUCUUUCUUUCUCUACAAAUGUAACGUCAUAAUUGUAAAAUUCAAAAAUCAAAUGGUGUUACGCUAAGUUGUGUCCAAUAAAUAUCAUAGGUUGUCUACAAAUUUGUAGACCACAGAUGACAAGA